UUGACUUUUUUUUCUUUUUUUCCGAUUUAAUGAUAGCUAAGAAUUCGGAUCGGUCGGAGCUUUAAUUGCUAGAAAAAGAAAAAAAAGAAUUUUGCAAAUUAGUUUUCUAGUGAAAAUUGAUAUUAACUGCAGUUCUACACAAUUUGGAGAAGAGCGAACAGAAUUCACUGGGAAAUUUUGUUUGAUUUGCGCAAUCUAAACGGGCAUCGAAUAUGAGUGCAUUUGAAGUUAAAAUGACACCAGUACGGUCUAAAGGCGAUAGGCGCUCAGAGUGUCGCGAAUCUACCGAUGUUGUAAUGGCGCCCUUUUCUGGCAAAUCCAUUGUGUUGUUUGAGGAUGUGCCUGUGUCAAAAAUUGCUAGGCGUACUAUGCGGAUAAUUAAUCCUUCAGAUGAUGAAAUCAAAGUGAGCGUUAGCAAAUCUGUUAAUCCUGGACUUAACAUUUCAUUGGAGUGGUUAGAAAACACUGUACCAGCACAAAAUGACAUCACAAUGGAAUUGACAUGGAAACCACAAAUGGAUAUUUCUUCUAGAGAAACUCUACAAUUUACUGAUAAUCGUAAUUUUCACAAAGAUGUUUUCAUUAUAUUAAAAUCUAAAGCAUCUAAGCCGAUAAAAAAUGUUCAUAAAUAUCCUAACAUGUUAUCGGGAGCCACAUCGCUGGCGAAAGCAUUACGUUUAAAAUCGCCCACGAGUGGAGUUAACAAAAACACUAAAUUAACCGCUCAACAAAAACAGUUGCAGAAGAAACAUUUCGCAGCAACGGAAAGAUCUGACAAACAUCCUAUAAAGACGCAGCUCAAAUGGAAACACGGUCCUUUCCAAGUACGUGAUGGCGAACGAGUGCACACACUCCCGUUAAAGGAGUGUAACAAGUCCUCUGCUAUUCCGUCUAAGAGUCGUCCACCUGUUAUUGUUGUCACAAAGACCAGUGAUUUUAAAGAGAAUGUUAUCCCACUGGAAGAUUCAUUUAAGGUUUUAAAUAUGAUGAACGAACUACAAUUUUCUCCAGUUGGUGAAAAGUUAGCCGUAUCUCAGAUAAGUAAACCCAGCAACUUGGCUAAAAUAUCAACUCCGUUAUGUUACCAGACAUCAGUUAGUGGAGAAGCAGAGCACAAAUUAAAGCCCAGAUGUUUAACGUCCGAUUUAUCUGAAGCGGAAUGUGUUAAUAUCCACGAAGAUAUUCCGAAUGAAAUUGAAAGAGUUCCAAGUGGCACAAUAAUAAAUAAAACAUUUGAUAUAUUGCAGAGAAGUUUUGAGUUUCCCAUUGAUUGUUUAAACGUCACUUCUGGAGAAUCUCCUGAUUUACUUGAUAAAACCUCAAUUGUUAUUCCUACACCAGGACCGCUUGCGGUUAUAGAGGAAGAGGAUAUAAAUCUAACCAUUCCAACGGCAUUAACGAAACACUCAAACCUUCCGAACUCUGAAGACCUGUCCAGUACAUCUGCUCGAAAGACUGCGGUGGAGGAUCGUAUGCGCGACAUAAGAUUGGUGGGAAAGCCGCUACGCAAAUUCUCCGAAUCUAUGAUGAACUUGCAAAGCAAAUCAGCACAACGUAGCUUCUUAACGCAAGGUUCUUUACCAAAUCUCAAUGAUAUGGAAACAAUAGGGGAUUUUGAGAAAAAUCGAUAUUUCAAGCAAAGUACUUCACGCAAGGGGAGCCUUAAUACUCUCAGUAUUCGACAAAGCUGUACAGCAUCUCCAAAGAGAGGGCUCGACGAGUUAAAUCUAGUUUCGCAUCCAGAAGUACUCUUCGAUCAACAUGAAAUCUUAGCACAGUCAAGUCGUUUUAAUUUAAAUGAGAUUGGAAUGAAACAAUGUAGUAACAGUCCCAUUGCUAUUGACACGCAAACACGAAACGUGCAUAGAAAUAUAAGAGAAUUGACAACACCAAGAUCCACUAAAACGAGUAGUCAGGUCACUACUACGGUGGAGAAUGCCAAUAAUAAACGACGUCUAAAUGAGCUUUCAUUUUCUGAGUGUUCCAAUCUAGAUUCGAUCGCUGGAUCUAACAAUGAGAAAAGCAGUAAAAGCAGAAUUAAAACUAAAUCUGAUUGUAUUUCUCCACCUAAACGUCAGCGUCUUGAAAUGGAUUCUACAUUGCAUCGAAGUCUUACACCAAUCAAUGCAUCAGCAAAUGUUCGCAAAAAAAUUUGGGCACAUAUGAAACCAAAACCAAUUAAACUGUCCCGGACAUUAUCGUUAAUAAAAAAACCGUUAACGCCAUGCAAAUUGAAAACUGAACCGCGUAUUAAAUUGUAUGACACCGAACUACAUUUGCAGUCAUUUAUAAACCCCGAUCCAUUCGCUGCCACUACUACCUGCGAUCCAUUCCUUGCCUCGACCAUGUAUCUAGAUGAAGCUUCCGUAGAAAAGCAUGAGUGUGAUUUUAAGAAGUGGCUGAACGCCUUAGUCACCAUACCAGCGGACCUUGAUACCGACUCCAAUACGAAAAUCGAUGUAGGUAAAUUGUUCAAUGAAGUGCGCAACAAGGAUCUGAUGUUUGCUCCUACCAAGGAAGAGCAGUCAAUAAACUACCUAAACACAUUUCGUUUAGAGUCAUUGCGCAGAGCAGCCGUCGAACUCUUCUUAAGCGAAGAUUUACGAUUGUCUUGCUCAAAAGUAGUAAUUUACGUUCAAAAGAACGCUUUGCGUAUACGUAACGAUCGGAACUUACACUUGGAUGUUGUGACGCAAAGAGAAAUUCUUGAAUUGCUCUUGUGCUUUAAUCCACUAUGGUUACGCUUGGGACUUGAAGUUGUAUACGGAGAAAAAGUGCAUCUUCAAUCUAACAAGGAUAUAAUUGGCCUAAGUACAUUUAUUUUAAAUAGAUUGUUCCGUGACAAAUUUCUCGAGCAAAAAUAUUCGAAAGCUUAUACGUUAUGCGAUGAAUAUGCAGCAUAUAUUAAAAGGUUCACCCUUCAAAAGUUCUUCUUACUGUUGCUCUUUCUCGAUAAAGCGAAGGAGAAGCGCAUUAUUGCUCACAAUCCUUGCUUGUUUGUGAAGAAGUCACCCUACAAGGAGACUCGUGAUAUUUUAUUGAAAUUUUCUUCCGAAUUACUUGCAAAUGUUGGAGACAUUACGCGUGAACUAAGACGUUUAGGUUAUGUGCUUACCCAUAAGCAAACUUAUUUGGAUGAAUUCAAUUACGCUUUUCAAAAUUUGGCGACAGAUCUGCGUGACGGUGUACGUUUGACGCGUGUCAUGGAAAUUAUUUUGCUACGCGAUGAUCUAACCAAACAAUUACGUGUCCCUGCCAUUUCGCGUUUGCAGAGAAUAUUUAAUGUUAAUAUUGCCCUAAAGUCUUUAAGCGAAGCUGAGUUUCAACUGAAAGGUGAUAUAGUAGCCAAUGAUAUCGUUGAUGGCCAUCGGGAAAAAACUUUGUCGUUAUUGUGGCAAAUCAUCUAUAAAUUCCGGUCGCCUAAAUUUCAUGCGGCUGCCCGUGUAAUACAGAAUUGGUGGCGUAAAUCUUGGCUGAAGGUAAUCAUAAAUCGACGCGUACGGCGUAAAGAAGAGCUUAAACGUGAAAAGGCAGCUGUCGUUAUUCAAUCUGCUUUCCGCGGUUAUAUCACGCGUAUAUAUUCGAACAUAUAUCGCGAUGAACGGACUAAAGCAGCGAUUACUUUGCAAAAAUACAUUCGUUCUUAUUUGGCACGUAAAAAAUACAUUGCGGCUAUGCGUUCCAUUCUUGCCAUACAACAUUGGUAUCGGGCGAGUAAGUUGGCUAAGGAAUAUCGGAAAAAUUAUCUGGAAUUACGCGAAAGCGUCAUUUGCAUCCAGCGAUUAUGGAGAGUACGAUGCAAGGCGAGAUUGAUGCGCGCAGAAGCAGCUCAGCGAAAACAUGAAUGGCAAGAGAAGAAACAAAAAAUGGCUACCAUUAUACAAAGUUAUUGGCGUCGCUUUAAAGCACGAAAGCAAUUUUUACGCGUUGUCUCGGCUGCUAUUGUCAUACAAAGCAAGUUUAGAGCCUAUCAGCAAAUGAAGAAGGCACGCAACUCUUACCGACAUAUUCGAGAUAUUGUUAAAGUUUUACAACAACGAGUACGAGCUAAGCAAUUAAUGCAAAAACAACGAUCGAUUUAUCAGCGAACUCGAUCGGCUGUCAUUUUUAUUCAAGCUAAGUGGCGAGCUACGUUGGCGAUGCGUAAGCAACGCGCUAAAUAUCUUGACAUUCGUCAAAAAGUUAUUUAUAUACAACAGAAGUGGCGGGCAGUUGCACUUGCGCGAAAGGUAAGAAUUGACUUCAUCACGUUUCAAUAUUUUGUAACCGUAAUACAGCGAAGGUACCGUGCCAACCAACAAAUGCGUGUCGCUUUUACGCAAUACCAGGAACUAAAAAAAGUCACUUUGUUUGUACAACGACGUUAUCGCAAUAAAUUAUUAAUGCGUCACGAUCGUCGAAAUUAUGAAUUAAAAAAGCAUGCGAUUGUCACAAUACAGCGCCAUUUUCGAGCUUAUAAAGCUAUGCGCUAUCAUAAGGCGAAAUAUAUGGAAACUAAGGCAGCUGUUUUGUGCCUCCAGCAACGUGUACGUGGUUUUCUGGCCAUGAAACGUGAACGCGAGCACUUUCGACGAAUGAAGCAAGCUGCGCUAAUCAUCCAACGUAGAUAUAGGGCGUAUCGAAAAAUGAUAUUACAAAGGGAGAAAUAUCUUCGAUUGAAGGACGCAGCUGUUUUGAUACAGCGUCGUUUUAGGGCUACGUUGUUGAUGCGCGAGGAACGUAAUACUUUCAGGCGCCAACGGGAACUUAUUGUAACUAUGCAAAGACGUUUUAGGGCUAAUAAAUUAGCUCAGGCGGCUCGUCAAAUUUAUCUCAACGAAUACCGUUUAAUUGUAUUAAUCCAAAGGCGUUUUCGGGCCAAUCAGAUGAUGAAAAUAGAGAAGGCAUCGUACGAGGAUAAGCGUACAAAAAUUAUUUAUAUUCAAACUUAUUAUAGAAACUAUAUGUUGGGAAAGAGGCAGCGUCUAGAAUUUGUGCAACAACGUAAUGCAGCCGUUAAAAUACAGAUCUGGAUCCGAUCUAUUUUUCAAAUGCGCAUCGAUCGCGUUGCGUAUCAACGUAAACGCACGGCUAGCAUAACAAUACAACAGAAAUGGCGUGCCACUCUAGUAGCGCGAGAAGAGCGUCGGCAUUUCUUGAAGACUAUACAGAAAAUCAUUGUCUUGCAGCGAGUGGUAAAAGCUACUGUUCAAAUGCGUUCCGAUCGACAACAAUAUGAACGGCAAAGGAAUGCUGCGAUAUGUCUGCAACGUCACUUUAGGGCACGCUGUGAAAUGCUGAAAAUACGAGCUCAGUUCCAAUUGUUGCGUUCCCUAGUUAUUUACAUUCAACGCAAAUUCCGCGCAAGACGACAAAUGCUGCAGAAACGCAACGAAUUCCUUGUAUUGCGUUCCACUACCAUUCGUUUACAACAAAGGUUUCGAGCUCGCAUCGAAAUGCGAAAGGAUCAUCGGCAUUACACACUACUUAAAAACAAUGUCGUUCAGUUUCAAGCUCACGCUCGCGGUUUAUUGGCAAGACGACGUUUUUGUUGCCUAAUGACUCCCGAAAUGAAAGAAAUUCGACGUCAAAACAAGGCUGCUCAGCUUAUACAACGAUUUUGGCGCGGUUAUCGUAUACGCAAACGUUUUCGCAGCGUAAAAUUGCUACAGAUACGUCGCAAUAUUGCUUUGCUCAAUCAGGCUUCACAUGCUCUGAAUACGGUACAUUCUAAAGUUAACGAUGCCGUCAAAAUUUUGCGUGGCCGAUACUGUGCCUCUGAGGCUCUCGCUAUAUUAAAAAGUUUAGAUCGGAUCUCGCGUACGGUGCCACAUUUGCUUAAAAAUCGGGCGGCUUUUGUAUCAUCUUUUUGCUAUGGAAUUAUGGCACAAGCAAUCCGUUCCGAAAUAGACAAAUACUUGAUUAUGUACUGCAGUCGCAUUAUACUUAAUUUAGCUCGCUACAAUAGCACUACGAUCAACACAUUCCAGGAGGGUGGUUUAGUAACUAUAGCACAGAUGCUGUUGCGUUGGUGCGAUAAAGACUGUGAAAUCUUUAAUACAUUAUGUACGUUGAUAUGGAUUUUUGCCCAUUGCCCUAUAAAACGCAAGAUUAUAUCUGAUUUCAUGACCACUACCGAUGCCACUUACAUGCUGCGCGAAACUAAAAAACUUGUAGCAAGGAAAGAGAAAAUGAAGCAGAAUCUCCGAAAGUUGAGCCAAACGAAGUUUUGUAAUAGUCCGCGGCAGCAGCAGCAAUUGUCGCAAAAAUUUUCUAGUCACGUUCUGCCUAGUUUAGAACCGGAUUAUGGUGUUAUACGUACAAGCCCGUACACGUUUAUCUCUUCGGUUUUUGCUUUUGAGACUGUUUUGCACAAAUUAGGAAUUGAAAUCUUUUAAGUGUGUGUUCUUCGUAUUGUGUAUAAUCGUUUACUGUUUACUGUUUAUAUUUUCAACAAAAUUUUUCUUAUCUCCUAUCUUGUGUUUUCUUUUACUUUUGUUACUUUAUAAUUGUUCAUUUUAUAUCAGUACGCAUCUCUGAGAUAUCACUAUGUUAAUAAUAAAUAUCAAUAUUAAAGGUUAUGCUGAGCUAACUUUUGUAAAUAAUCUCUCUCA